AGUGGGUAUUUUUAAUGAAUGAUUUUCGUACAAUAUGGAACAGAACGACAAUUGUGAAAUAUGCUUACCUGCUACUGCAUAAAGAAUCUGUUGUGUCCCCUUUCCGCGAAGUGUUUCGAAGAGUGUUUGUGAAGGAAUUAAAACGCUUUUUUGCGCGAGGGGUGACUUGUGCUGUUGGCCGAAGCGCGUCUUUCAUUGUUUAGCACGGACGCUUUUUCUUUCUUUCUGCUCCAUGAGCCAACGUUCUGGAAUCAUUCAUCGCACCGAGCCUGUGACCAUCGGCUUCAACUAAAGUUCCUUCGGCUGCUUUUUUCCCUAAUCCGGAAAUUUAAUCGUAAUGCCGCUUCCAAAGGAGCAACAACGUGCGUAACCAAGGAGAUAAUCGUGAAACAACGUGUUUACAAUAACGUAUGACGUGUCCUCUCUGUAUCUGUUGUAGCGUCAGCCUGAUAGUGAAGGUAAAGCGCGUGCGGCAGUUUGUUGUGUGUACCCUUCGUUUUCCUUGCGAUUAGAUUUCGCGUUGAAAGUUGGUGUGCGCGUAUUUGCAGCCGCGAAAAUGUGUGUAUAAAGUUCGUUUCCCCGUCUGUGUGUAUCGCCGUCAUACAAAGGUGUUCGUCGUGCAGUGAAUGCAUAGAAUUAGCUAGUACAGAACGGUUUUAAAAUUCAGUUCACAAUAUGUAUCGCCAGGAAAUGCCGUGCGUAGCAAUGGAUCUAUGAGCCGGGAAUGAUAAAACCAUCCAAAGCUUGCAAAUCACACAUACAGUGAGCUGCAGGUGAUGGAUCUUUUGUGUAAAUAGCACAAGCCUAGCACGUUCCUGAUUGUGUGUAAAGAGUAGUGUUUAAGUGUUGAUUAUUGUGUUAGAAUUUGAGUUGUUAUUAAAUUUUGUUGAGAUUCUUAAAUCUAAGUGCGUGUUAUCACGGAUAAAUAUCGACGGUUCCACAAGUGUUAUACUAAGCGCAGCUUUUAGUGUUUUUUAUCGCGGCAUCGUGCACGGUGCAGAAAAUGAAUACACAUAAUACGACCACGGUUAACGUCGCACCAUCGGCCCCGGUGGUGCACAUCAAUGAGUUACUACCCCUCCUGCACAAACCGGACGAACAGGUGGGUGGAUCUGUUGGUUUCACCCCCUUGGUGGCAAAUGUAGCCGGUUCCGAUGGAGCAGCAAUUUUAACUGGGGCUUCAAGCGUAUCGGAUUCGGCUUCCGAGCCAGUUCGUGUGGAUCCUGAUGCAGGCGCUGGUUCAACCGGUGCACCAAAUGUGAAUGUGUCCCUUGUAGCCAACUCCAACUUGGCCAUAUUGAAUCGUCUGCUCUCCGCUCAUAUGGGAGCGAGCGGACACGGCAGCGAGCAGGGGCGGAAUAGUGGGGGCAGUGGGUCCUCCAGCAGCAGCGGCGGCAGUUCAAAUUCCAGCCACAAAAAGUGUCCCUACCAUCGCCAAUGUUCGAGCCAUCAUCAUCUGCAUCGGCAUCUGCAACAUCAGCAGCAGGCGGCUUCCGGAAGUUCGUUUGCUCCCGCUUUUUGCCGGUAUCGAAAUGAUGGCUCGAGCUCGUCCAGCAGCAGCAGCAGUAGCAGUAGCGGUAGCAACGGCAGUGGCAAUGCUUCGGCAAUUUCGUACCCGGUCCGAGAUGCCAUCUCGGCGAACGUUUCGCCGCCGCCGGUAAAUGCGGUUAUACUUGUCGAUCGGUACCUGCUAAUGGAGCCGGUCGAAGGAAACAAUCUGUACCGGUGUUACGAUAUAAAGUCGCACGAGGAGCUCGUCUGCAAGAUUGCAAAUAAUCCGUGUUCCAACCUGCUAACGGCACAUUUCCGCCUGGAUGGUCAUCGACACGUAAACUCGCUGCACAAGGUCAUCCAAGGGAAUAAUCAAACCUAUCUGCUGUACAGUCCGUCCGAGGGUGAUCUACAUUCUUACGUACGCGUGCGUAAGCGGCUUCGUGAACCGGAAGCACGGCGACUGUGUCGUCAAAUGUGCGAAGUAGUCAAAAGCUGUCAUGAGCAGGGCAUUGUCUUGCGUGAUCUCAAGUUGCGGAAGUUUGUAUUUGCUGACCGUGAAAGGACGCAAUUAAAGCUGGAAUCACUGGAAGAUGCCGUCGUACUGGACGAUCCGGCCGAGGAUCUGCUGCAGGAUAAACGUGGCUGUCCCGCCUACGUGUCGCCGGAAAUCCUGCGCGUCAAUACCACGUACUCUGGCAAGGCGGCCGAUAUGUGGUCGCUAGGCGUUAUACUGUAUACGAUGCUGGUCGGCAGGUAUCCAUUUAACGAUUCUGAGCAUGCAUCACUGUUUGCCAAAAUUAGCCGCGGACAGUUCACUGUCCCAGAGUGCCUCUCGUCGAAGGCACGCUGCAUGAUACGUGCACUGCUCCGAAGGGAUCCGGAGGAGCGCAUCGCAUCAGAGGACGUACUUCAUCAUCCAUGGUUGCUGCACGAUGAUAGCAAGGACCACGCAUAUGGUGGCUUGCACUCCAGCAGCCGUUCCAGCAGUAGUGGCACCGCCUUUGACGAUCAUUGCGUUCCGGAGUGGUACGAUCCAACGGACGAGAACGACAUUGGUGGUGGCAGUUCGUCGUCUUCAUCUUCAUCACGAAUGCACUAUUCGUUCGCUACGGGGGACGCCUUCGAUAACUAGACUGUUGUUGAUGCACGGCGAUGGGACCCCGGGGCAUUAGCGGACGAUAAAGACGAUCAGUUCUUCCUCUCAAGCACAAAAACGAUGCAAACUAUUACCAGCCUGGAGCAGAUGACUAGUUGUUUCAGGAUUUCACGGAUAAAUGCUGUGAUUGUUUGAUUUAUAAGAACGAUAAAUAGCGGUUGAGUGGAACUAGUAUCCCCGCGAACGGUCAUGCAGUGAACAUGGGAUAAAGCGAUACAAGAAAAGCAAGCUGAUUGGCAUGUAAAGGGCAUACACACGCACUUUUAAAUGUAAAAAAAUCUAAUCCAAGCUAAGUAGUAUCAUCGAUCAUUGGCAAGCGACUUACCGAGGUUGUGUGUAAAGAUAAAUGCAGAAACUUGAGGAAAAAGUAACAAAAUUUUAACAUUUACAGAACAAGCAAAAAUCAAGAAACCCGAGAAUUCUAGAGUGGAACGAACUAGCACCACUCGCGACGCUUGAACUAAACUUACUAUGUAAAUAUAGUUCACAAUGGCAUUCGAUUCCACUUGAAGAUGUUCGUACAAAUUACACAUAGUAAGUAGCUAGUUUCUGUUUAAUCCCAGUCAACGCGCAUGAUAACACGGGCAGUCCAGAAGCGUACGAGAAGCAGUAGUUACUUACUGCUGCUCCUUGUACUUUCAAACAAUGCCCAUUAAAACGUGAUCCGUCGUCAGCAAGCGAAACUGUGGAGCAACUUUGAAUGAUAAAUGGUUGAUAAUGGUGUGUUUCUUUUAAGGUGAUUAAUAAUUUAUUGAAAGCUUUACUCUUGCUCUUCUUUUAAUUUGCCGCACUAGUGCAAUUUAUGAACAAGGUAAUUGAAACGUUAACGUUCGUGUACUACAGCGUGAGCACGUAUUGUACUUUAGCGUUUGCUUUUACGAUAUUUUUAUUUGUCUGCUACCGCUUAGGGGAGUGUGUGCUCACAUGCUCUGCAAUAGUUUAUGUCGGUUUAUAAUUGUUAACAGAAAUGUGCAUUGCCAUUAUUAGUAACAGCUCGUAACAGCUAAUGUUGCGUCCUAGCACGGCAGAUGUUUAAAAAUAUCCCAACCUUAUGAAUGUUGAAAAUCAGUACAGAGAAGGAAAAACAAAAAGCUUAAAUGAUUGGCAUAACGAUAGUAUGCUUUGUGAUAAAAUGGAAACAAACAGUUGAAACAAGUUUGUAGAGUAGUAGUUUACUCCAAACAAGAACUUUCUUCAGCAUUUGUUCCAUUAAUCCUCUCCUAAUCAAUCUUCCUGGCAUUGCAUUUUGUUGCAAUCAAUUGUUAUCAGCAAAAGCACUGUCUUAGCGCAUACUCAACUUGGUUUGCAAGGCUCCUCAUAGAGAUGUCAGCAGAGUUUGCACGACAUCCACUGCAAUUCUAUGAUUUACUGGCCAUACAAUUGAUAUCUUCACUCAAUACUUCACUUUUGGUUAUUUGUUUUUUUUUUGCACCAAACUGCUCACCUAAUUCAGUGGUGCAGAUGUGUGUGUGUGGUACAUGUACAAACGUAACAGCACACAACAACAGCGUCCAUCGACAAUUUGCAACAUUCGUGUGCAGAUUACUCUUUGCUGCACAAACCACAAUUCUGUGUACAGCAGAACAAUGUUCAGAGGUUCAGAUGAAAAGAUUUAUUAUACAACAAAGUAGAUGCGUAAUGGUGUUUCCCUCCUAGUAGUUAGAGUACGUACGAGAUUUUGCAAUUUACAAAUACUACAAAAAUCUUCCAAAUGAAGAAAAAAUAUUUUUUUCUGCCACUAUACCUAUUAAUAAAUAAGAUACAAUAAAAAAAUCUUCCCAACAAACGAAGUUAGUGGUAGGGUGGUAUGCUAGACAGAGAAAUACCGCGCUUCUAUCCCGUGCGCUAAUAACUACGUUUGAGGGUAAGCGCAAAACACAACAAAGCGUGUUUUGCACUAUCCAAACUGUGCUAUUUGGCCGUUUGUUCUUCGUUGUUUUGUUUAAAGUUUUAAGUACCAGUAGAACUAUCAACAAUUGUGUACAGCGAAAUAUAUGGAGAUACAGGAAUUCCGACUUAUGUCCAAAAGUAGAGUGGAUGUUAGGUUUUACGAAUAAAUUAAAUUUGUUAAAAAUAAA